UAUGCACCUUUGAUUACUUGUUAAGACUUAUUGAGAAUAGUAUUAGGUUUGUUGCCCCACUUUGGAAAGCUAUUACUGUACUAUAUGGUGACUUACUAAGCGACUCUUAGAGAACAGGAAAACCGGGGACGAUACAUGAAGAUUAACAACUCUAAAUGCACCGGUGUAGUUGACUUCAGAAGGUUUAACAUCGGGUACUGGGGACUCCUGAGCCGUAGGUUAAAGAGUGGCAUUCCGGUAGAUUCAGUAUUUCUUGAAAUCAUGGGAUCCAUCAAGGGAUCAGCUUCGCCAGCCACAGACUUCGAGCCCUUCUCUCGGGGGGAAUACUUACGGAGGCGCUGGAAAACAUCUCUAAGUCUUAUUCCGGCAGGAGAGAUGGGCGCUGUCUAUGACAUGUACGAAUGGUAUGAACUCGCCAAGAAGGAGCGUGGCGACAUUGAUCAGGUGGAUAGGGUUCUAAAGGUUAUGAAGACUUUGGAAGCAUUCAAAUCCUCCGGGGAAUCCGAGGACAUUGUGUUCGAACAGAAUAUUCGGAGCAUGCUAGACGAAAUAUAUGUGGAUG